AAACUGGCGGACAAGCUCCCUCUUACCAUGAGCAGUCUAAUAAACACCAUCCCCGAGAGUCUCUACCCAGAAGAGGACAUCCCGACAUCUAUGAAUAUUUUCACCAGCACGGAGUCUAUAAACCACUACUCGCAGAUGAACACAGGUAAGGCUCGGACGCACUUUAUUUUGGGCUCGCGAGUGUUUGGGUUGCGGCAACAGUUGUGUGGAGGCACCUGUUUGCGCUCCGGCUGCUGCGCGCGAAGAGCCGCGCGCCGACUCCUCGCUCUUAACAACCUCCGAUGUUCAUUCAAACCCGUCGACUUUAAACCGCACUCGCGUCAUUAUUCUCUAUUCUGGACUCUUUGUUUUGUUUGUCGACGGCGUAAUGUCCGUGAUUUUCGGGCCCGUGAAUGUCACACGGUGCGGCACUUGUUCCUGUUCCGAAAACUUUCCGUGACAAUGACAUAUUUAUAAAAAAUAAAUAUGAAUGUGGGUUAUUCAGUCAUCACCUCUUCCGAUAUUGCCUUUGUUUCAGAAAACGACGUGACUUUUAAUGUACGAUUGAAAGUGAAAUUGCGGCGUGUAAAUGAGACAUAUUUAUUAUCACGCGUGUCGACCGCAAUAAAAUACGUCAAAUGUUGUUUUUUUUUAAACAAUCCACACACAAGUUACACGCGGGGAUAGUAAGUGGGCGUGCGUGACUCCAUACAUUGAAAACAUAGAGGCGCAAGGGCCGUAAAUAUGUUGUCUUCAAAUCCAUAUUUUGGAUCAUUUCAGCCGCCUACAUGAGCGCCGUUGUCAAACAUUGGCAACAAAUCAAUGAAUAAUUGUGCAGCUUCACCUCGUUAGGUCACCACACAGCCAAAUUUCACGUUUCCAAUUAUAUAAUUCUAUUGUUUAUAAAUCCGAGAGAAGUCAGGCACUCGCACCAGGGCGCAAGUUAAUGCGCAAAACAAAAAUAUUGCCGUGUAUUUAUCAAUUUAAAUAGACGCAUUUAUGCACAACCGCGAGACUUUCUGUGUCCUCGGAGGAAUUUAAAGAUUUAAAACCACCGCGAAUUUAACAUCCGCAUGCUGUUUGGUUUUAAUAAACCGUAUUAAUGCAAUAAUAUAAGACAUGAGUAAUAAAUGCGAUUAUGUUUUCAAUUCAGCCCUGCACCCAAAACAUAAAGAAUAUCUCAACCCCUUCAAUAAUGUUUGUUUUUGCCAUUCUGAUUUUAUUAUAAGUUACAACAUAUUGAAUGUCACAACAGGAAGUUGCCAUAAUAUUAAUAAAUUUACUAAACAUGUCAGAAGACAUACAUUAAAAAAAAAAAAUCUAGCAGAGAUUAGAAGCGAAACAUUUUAAAACGCCCACGUACUUUCCUUUUCAUACACACAUUUGAUUUGUGCAGAUGUUUUUUGUUUUUUUUUUUUUACUUAAAAUGUGUUUUGAAUCCUUAAGCGUGAAAGAUGAGGCGUCUGCCAUAUAAUCCCCUCUGCUGUAAAGAAAUCAGAUCUUGCCAUUGAGUUUGGCGGUCCUCCUAAAGAACACAAUAAGUGGAUCAAAGGGGGUGUUUGGGAGCUGAUUUAUGGGGGCUUGUGGGAUCUGAGAGAGACACACCACUGUCUCAGGAGCUGCAGUCAGUCACCGAACUUACAGGUCUGACAUGGCUCACUUUGCUGCUUCAACUCUAUCCCACUUGUAGUCUUGCUGGCACAUUAUCACAAGGAUUGAGAAUAACAUCAUGGAUCUGGGCAUGGCUAAUGAGAAAGCCUCUGCAGAAAUCCAGUACGGAUCCGGCUUCCAGGCGAACCGCAGCGGGCAGACCGUCACCUAUCUGGGGAAGUUUGCCUUCGACACCCCUCCCUCGGGCGGCAUCGGCGGCUCCGGCUGGUGCUCUGAUAACAACAUCAUCAGUCUGGUCAGCGCAGGGAUCCUGGGUGUUUCUCCAUCACCCGGCACAGUGACCACGCAGACGUCCUCCUCUGCAGCAGGCAUGGGCGGGCAGUCAUCAGACAUGGAGCAGGUGUACGGUCCGCCACUGCCUGCCUACUCCACCUGCAGCGACCUGUACCAGGAUCAGGUCUCCUUCCACCACAGUCCGGCCACCACCACCACCCUGGCCUAUCCGGGUAAUGACUAUCAUUCCACGUCCAAAGCCUCCAUGGAUGGAAGCCUUUUUUCCAUGAUCCCUGACUACAACCUGUUCCAUCAUCAGGGCGAUGUCGGUGUGAUGGAGCACAAACCCUUUCAGACCAUGGAUCCAAUCCGGGUCAACCCUCCACCCAUCACACCUCUGGAGACCAUCAGAGCCUUCAAAGACAAACAGCAGAUUCACCCUGGGUUCAUAGGCGGGCAGCAGCACCCGCCUCAACACCACCCACCCCCACAGACUCUCACCCUCAAACCCAUCCGGCCUCGGAAGUACCCCAACCGGCCGAGCAAAACCCCGGUCCACGAGCGUCCGCACGCGUGUCCGGCAGAGAACUGCGACAGACGUUUCUCACGCUCAGACGAGCUCACACGUCACCUCCGCAUCCACACGGGUCACAAGCCUUUCCAGUGCAGAAUAUGCAUGCGCUCCUUCAGCCGGAGUGAUCACCUGACCACACACAUUCGCACACACACUGGCGAGAAGCCCUUCUCCUGUGAGUUCUGUGGGAGAAAGUUUGCCAGGAGUGAUGAGAGGAAGAGACAUGCAAAGGUUCACCUGAAACAGAAAGACAAGAAGCCCACGGACAAGGGCAGUGGGGCGACUGGGAGUCACAGCUCGCCCCCCAGCGCCUGUGGGGGGCCUGCGGUCGGAGCCUCAUGACCAUCACUGUGCCCGGUUGGACUGGACUCUCAGUUGGCCGCAGACAAAGAGACUUAUGAAGACGGGACUAUAUCCACUAUGCUAUAGCAGGUGACUCUUUUUUUCCCUCUUUCACAUCAGCACGCCUUCUCAGUCGAAAAUUACAAGAGUGUCCGUUCAUCUCAGCACAUUCUGCCCAAUCUCCGCUGUGUAUCGAUACAUUUUUACCAUGGAUACAAUUUUGUAAAUUUGAAGUAAAAUUGGAAAGGAGCCAGAGCCCAUCAAACACACUGGGUGAGUGACUAUGGGAUGUAUGCGUUGAUGAACUAGGCUGUUUUAAAGUGCAAUUGUUUAUAUUUGUGUACUGUCAUAGACACAUUAUUAGUGGCACUCGACUGUCCUUUCUUGUUGUUCUUUUUUUUCUUAAUAGUGUUGUGUUUUAUUUUAUAUUUAAAUGUUGUUCUCUCUAAUGGAAUGUGCUAAAUGUGUCACGGAUACACAGCCAACCUUUUUUUUUUUUCAUGAUGCCUGGUAUUGCCAAACAGAGCAGCGAGAUCAGCUUAGAACACGUUUAAUAUAUUAUCCGACUUGCCUGCUCUCACUGACAAAGUCUUAAGACGAAUGAAGCGUCACAGUUCUUCAGGUGGCACAAAUCAGUCUGCGCUUGUGUCACCAUUUUAAAAAAGGAAUCAUUGUCUCACUUUUACACUGCUUCUUAUUUAUGUCUUCAUAUAUAUUUUUUUAGCUCUUUUAUGCAAUAGUUUCUUCUGAACGUUCCACAAUAGUCCCCUCCAUGAGCACUGACACAAAUAUGAUGCUUUCUUCCUGAAAAUGUUUUGACUCAUCUUCCACUGUUUACCUCAUGUAAACAUUAACAGCUCAUAACAAGAAUCAAAUAUUUUGAACUAUUACACAUUUCUUGUAUUAAAAUUGGAGUGUGUUUUUUUUUUGCUGAGUUUUGAUACAAAUAUAUAGAUGUGUACACACCUAUAUAUUUGUGCAAAACAACCAUCCAUUGACUGAAUGUUCACUGUGGCAAAGAUUUAUGUUUCCUUAUGUGCAGUACAGUAUUAGUACAUCUCUUCCUUUAGUAUGAGAAAACAAUGACUGUUUAAUUGAUGUGGAUUUUAACUCAAUACAGCAACAAUAUAAAGCGUAACAGUUAUACUUCAGACCCUGUAUUUACACUAAGACUGGCACCAAGGUUUUUCCUUAUUAUUUAUAACAGCCUUAUUAUAUUACAAAUAAAUGAACAGACUUUCAGUUGUCCUGUGUCACAUUUAGCAGUAAAAAUAAGUAGUUUUCGAAGCUAGAGGCAGAAUCCAAUGCAAUAUCCCACCACAUUCAUGUGUUGUAUUAUGCUAACGUGUUAAAGUAACCUAAUUGUCUGUGAUUUUGAGUGUUCACAGCCUUGUCUUUGUUUAAAAGUGCAAGAGCCACUUAGUUGGAGGGGUGUGUUGAAUGUGAGAAAAUACACUUAUAUUUUAUAGUAGACAGUAUUCACAAAGCCUGGGAACAAAUUAAGAAAAAAGGGUUUUGAUAAAAACCUCUCUCUCCAGUAACAAGCCGCUUUCACUGCUCUGCCUCCUGGCAAGUGUCCACUUAUUCUCCAGUUAUUAUGGCCUCAGAGAGCCAUUUUUUUCCCAACUCAUAUGCACUUUUUCAGAUUGUUUAAAGUUCACAGGCUUUUUAUAGAGGAGUGUGAAUAAUUAGUUUGUGUUAAAAUACAUUCUGCUGUAAAGUCAGUCGUCAGUAGCUUGUUUGUCAGAGCUUAUUCCCUCAAACUAAAACUGAUGCUCAAGCAUAUGUUGGGUCACAGAACUCAUUCCCUUUGUCACUUUAAGAUCCCGUCACGAAUAUCGCUCCCUAAAAACACCCUGUAGCAGCUCAUUUCAUGUCGUCGGCACAAUGGACUUGAGUAUAUGAGGUGAUCAAAAAGAUAUUUAUUUGAAAUGUUUUAUCGAUGUUACAAAAAUAAUGUGAUGUUAUCCAAUGAUUAUAAGAUUGUUUUGAAUAUAUUUUACCAAAAAAAAAAAGAUUCCGUCUGUGUGCUUGUUUAGACACCUGCCGGUGAGAGUGGAUGUCAUGAUCAUGGUGUGUGGAAAUCUGUGUUCCAUGUUGUGUAAAGGAAAGACGGAGAGGAGGAGCGUGAGCCGACGUGCAAACACCAAACGCUGUUCAUUCUUUAUUUCAAUUCAUGAAGAUUCUGGCUCUCUAAAUGUCUGGAGAUCACUAUUCCUUCUCUGUAACAUGUGAAUCCUACAUGUGUGUUAUACUUUCUGGGAAACAGUCGCACCCCCCUUUUUUUAAUAUUGUUUUACCGCAAAUAAUGCAGUUUAUAUGUUGAUGUGCAAAAGUGGGAGGGUGUAAACUCUGACAUUGGAAUUUGCCUCAUCUUCCGUCUCUGCUCCAUGUUGGACGAGAGCCAACAUCAGCAGCCAUCUUUGUGCCAAACUGGGUUGCAGGGUUGGCUGAUCAAAAACAAUACUCCACAUGAGCAACAAAUCAUAAAUGUGACCUCAGUCUGCUUGCAGUUGAAGGCAGCCUUCUGCCAAUGUUUGUGUUGAACUGUUUGAUUAAGUCUCUGUGAAGUCGGCCUUAGGCGCGGCGAUAUGAUCGGACCGAUGACAAAUAAUCGCAGGAAAGAAUGCUCACUUAUGAAGAGAUUUCAAUAACGUGUAGAUAUUACAGGCCACUGGACGACAGCGCGUGGCUUCAGGGAUCUUGUGCUCAUCGACGGUAACACGGCGGUGUUUACUUGGAGUUGAUACACACUGUUUUCUGUUACGUUGUGUUUCCUUUUUAUUACAGUAUAUCCUCACGUUUGCAUGUGCACGGAGAUGUUCCAAAGUGCUGCCCUCAAAUACUGCGGGUGGUGCUCAUUUCUUUAUUAUGCAUGAAAAUAAAAAAUCACAGUGAAAGAGGGAUAAUAAACGGGACAACAACAAUCGAGGACGAGCAAUUGGAGGAGCACUCUGGGAUUAACUGUUUUGUUGGCUUUUUUUUUAAAAACAAUGGGUCUUGUUUCAACUGUUGUGGAUGUCUUUGGACUAUUUCAUGUUUUUAUUACCUUAUAAUAAGGUCCUUUUAUGAUGAGCUGAAUAUUGGAAAUGGACUUUACUAUAUCCUUGUGAUGGGGAGGUGUCCUCCUCUGUUUACCUGGCACUUCAUUUUGUCGUAAUGCAAUUGUUUUUGUUAUUUCUAUGUAAGUACUUGAAUAAAGAAAAAUAUCACUUG